AGAGAGAGAGAGAGAGAGAGAGAGAGAGAGAGAGAGAGAGAGAGAGACACACAUUCACGCCUUCGCCAUCUAAGUCGCCGUGGAUGCCGAGCAAUUGAUACACCCCCCCAAAAUAGAGAAAAGAAAAAAAGGCACAACGGCCGAUUGGGAGGAGGGAGGUAACACUUAUGCGCUCGCUUCAUGACCUUGCAUUGAAUGUCAUCAUAGACGGAUAAAAACAUCACGCAAAGGUAAUAGGGCAUCCUAACCGGUGGAGAGUGCGGGAUAGAAUUACAUUUUUCUUUUGAAUCAUUCGUGUUGUCCCCAACCGUUGUAAGGACUGUUCAUUUGAUUUUGAAGCCGGAAAUAGCUGAACGGAUGCGCUUAAGAGAAGCGUUCAUCCUUGCUAGGUAUUGGAGCAUUUGGCGCUGCGGUCUCAUCUACCACUGCCAGCGCUGUAGCAAUCAAAAGGGGAAGAGGUUUGACUACAACAGUCGUACGAAAAAAAAUCAGCAGACAUGGAGAUUGUCACUCAUCUAAUUCACGAGACGGUAGGAUUCUACAAAUGGACCUUAACGAUUGCAGACAAGCGCGUGGAGAAAUGGCCCCUGAUGGACAACCCGCUGCCCACUCUAGCCAUCAGUGCAUCCUACCUGCUCUUUCUCUGGCUGGGGCCCAAAUACAUGAAGAACAGGGAGCCCUUCCAGCUUCGCAAAACACUCAUUGUCUACAACUUCAGUAUGGUCUUCCUCAACUUCUUCAUCUUCAAAGAGCUGUUCAUGGCAGCCAGGGCAGCCAGCUACAGCUACAUCUGUCAACGAGUGGACUACUCCGAGGACCCCAAUGAAGUCAGGGUGGCAGGGGCCUUGUGGUGGUAUUUCGUCUCCAAAGGCGUCGAGUACCUGGACACGGUCUUUUUCAUCCUGAGGAAAAAGUUCCGGCAGGUCACCUUUCUGCACGUCUACCACCACUGCACCAUGUUCACGCUCUGGUGGAUCGGCAUCAAAUGGGUGGCUGGAGGACAGUCCUUUUUUGGCGCACACAUGAACGCGGCAAUCCAUGUGUUGAUGUACCUCUACUAUGGGCUGGCUUCCUGCGGUCCGAAGAUUCAAAAGUACCUGUGGUGGAAAAAGUACCUGACCAUCGUCCAGAUGAUUCAGUUCCACGUCACCAUCGGCCACACGGCUUUGUCGCUCUACGUCAACUGCGACUUCCCCCACUGGAUGCACUACUCCCUCAUCUGCUACGCCAUCACCUUCAUCGUCCUCUUCGGCAACUUCUACUACCAGACCUACCGCCGCCAGCAGCCCAGGCGCGCCGACGCCUCCUCCAAGGCAGGCAGGGCCGUCUCAAACGGGGCCCUCAAUGGACUCAGCAAUGGUGCGGCGGCGGCGGCGGCGAGCAAAGAUGACAAGCCGCAGGAAAACACCAGCAGGAGAAAGAGGAAAGGAAGAGCAAAAAGAGAUUAGAGGACGCUGAGGUAAGCUCCAUCUGCAGAAGACCUUCUUGGAUGGAUGAGCUCAAUGUAUUCAUAUCAAGACGCCAUGAAACUAGCUUGUGGUGAGCCAAUGUUGUUUAGCCAGGAACAGAUGCAAAGGUCAAAUAGGGCAAAAUACACUCGCGUCAGAUCCAAGUGUUUCUGCGGCAUGGGUCGGAUGGGGAAUCCCUCCCUCCCUUUGUUUGUUUGUUUUUUAAACAUAAUUGUACACCGUUUCUUCCCCCUCACAUGUAUAAAGCAACUGUCACGCUAACGUGGCACAAGUCUUCAUCUCGUCCAUCAUUUGAAAAGAUGUCUUCAUCCAAUCAAAGGACAGACAGCAUGUCAAGACCAAGUGGUGCGUUCUUGAGCUUUUGGAUUCUUUUGAGCUUGGAUGUGAUUCUUCCGCUACUUACGGAGGGGGUCGUGCACUUCAGAGCUCAACGUGAUAUCAAAGUGUAAAAUAUGAUACUAUUUCUGUAUGCAUUGUACGAUUUCUAUGUCCCUACUUGUGUGUAAUGUGAUGACGUGGACCUGAUUUUAGGAUGUUUGAUUCUAUUUAUGGCAUUAUUUGAUCGCUUGUCUCGUAGACAGUUGUACACAAAAGGGUCCGGUUGUUGUUUCAAGAAUCAAUAUCUUCCUUUGUUUUGAUCAAAUACUUUGAAAGGGUUUACUUUGAUAUUCUUAGUCCAUGUCUUCAGCUGGCUUGAAUGUAAACAACCAUCAAGUGAAAAUAAAAGACAAUUAUCCUAUCCUUCAUUUCUAUAAAAAGCAGGAUGGGGCAACUUCUAUACUGAUUCUGUGUAUGAAUCACUCACGGAGAAUGACUGCUCUGUUUAUUUAUUUUCCAAUUUUCAUUUUAUUUUCUCUGGUCAUGUGCAGACAUUUUUACGAUUCUUCUUCUUAUUAUGAUGAUGUCAAUGAGAAUGCGCGUGUGUUUGUGUUGUAUAUAUGACACUGCGAUUUUUUGUACUCUGCGCCCUGCUUGUUUGUUGGCCACCUUACUUUUGUGUUGUUGUUCUGCUUUUUUCAAGUACAAUAUUGAUUGAAACAGAAAGCCCAUAUAUGGAUAUUAAAAAACAACCUUGGAUUCCGA